CGCUAGAGUCAGUGCCCUUUGUGCUCCAGUUUCACAAGCAUCUCAUCUUCGUAACUCUUAUUUAACGGGCACCAAUUGAGUAUUCAUGACUGGUAACUGGUAACUAACAGUUAAAUCGCAGAGAACACUGUGACCUAUUUUACACUGUGCCUAUGUUGGUAUCUAAGUAUUAUUUAUAUACUUUCAUAGAACGACUACUUGAAUAUGCAGUGACGUCUUUCUUAUUGGGAUCUAAAACAUCGGAUGACAUUGCCAGAAGAACUUCUAAUACAUCAUUAUCACCGUCAUCAAUUCAAGGUUAAAGGAAGAUAUUGUACAAAACAGAUGAAAAUCCCAUUUACAUAAAUCUGCAAAGAAUUAAUGUGAAAUAUUUCUUCUGAACAGGAAUUACUUGAGAAAUUUCUCAGCUUCACUGUCUGGAAUAUGUAGCAGAUGAUUCUGUAUUUUAAAUAAGCUUGGACAAAUUUAUAUAGGAGUACACAGCGUUGUUAUAUAGCUAUGAAGAUCUCAUUUGAAGAAAUUCUAGCUGAGACAUAUUCAUUGUGAUUAAAAAAUUUUAAAAUAAAGAAGGAAAAACACCCGUAAUAUCCAUGUGAUAGAGUAAGAGUAGUUUUCUGAGAAAUUGAAAAAAAUUUAUAUAUUUAUCUUGAAGAAUGCUGAAAGGAACAGAAAAUUCAUAUGACUGUGAUAUCUGUCACAAGUCGUUCUCUCAAAAAUCUAAUCUGAAAACUCACAUACUCAUUCAUACUGGAGAGAAACCAUUUCACUGUAAUAUCUGUGGUAAGUCGUUUGCUGGGGGUAGUAACUUGACUAAACACAAACGUACUCACACAGGAGAAAAACCAUAUCAGUGUGACAUCUGCGGAAAAUCAUUCUCUGUAAAUCAUAACUUAACUUCUCACAAACUCAUUCAUACAGGAGAGAAACCGUAUCACUGUGAUAUCUGUGGCAAAUCAUUCUCUCAAAAAAGUCUCUUAACUUACCACAAACGCAUUCAUACAGGAGAGAGAGCUCAUCACUGUGAUAUCUGUGGUAAAUUAUUUUCCGAAAGUGGGGCUUUAACAAGACACAACCGUACUCAUACAGGAGAUAAGCCAUAUGACUGUGAUAUCUGUGGUAGUGCAUUCUCUCAAAGUGAUUUCUUGACAAGACACAAACGCAUUCAUACAGGAGAAAAACCAUAUCACUGUGAUAUCUGUGGUAAAUCAUUCUCUGAAAGUGGUGCUUUAACACGACACAAUCGCACUCAUACUGGAGACAAACCGUAUCACUGUGAUAUUUGUGGUAGAACAUUCUCUCAAAUUGAUUUUUUAGUAAGACACAGACGCAUUCAUACAGGAGAGAAACCAUAUCAUUGUGAUAUUUGUGGUAAAUUGUUUGCUGGGUGUAGUGAUUUGACUAGACACAAACGCAUUCAUACUGGAGACAAACCAUAUCACUGUGAUAUCUGUGGUAAAUCAGUUGCUAGAAGUAGUGACUUAACUAGACAUAAACGUACUCACACAGGAGAGAAACCAUAUCACUGUGAUAUCUGUGGUAAAUUUUUCUCUCAGGCAGGAGGCUUAUCUAGGCACAAAUGCAUUCACACAGGAUAGAAAGGAUAUCACUGUGAUGUUUCUGGUGAAUCAUUUUCUUUUGGAGUUGUCUUAAAUAAACAAAAACACAUAUAUACGGCUAAGAAACCACAUCGGUGUAGUAUGCGUGAUACUCCAUUCUGUUGUAGUUGUGAUUUAGCUUAACACAAAUGUUUUCAUAUAAAGAAGAGAAACUAUGCAGCCAUGAUCCAUCCAUCUGCCAUUCUAUUCUACCCAUUACUGAACUGGAUCCUGUCAAAUGCAACUAUCAUUAAACUUUCUGACUGGAUUCCAAAGCAUAACCAACUCCAUCUAUGGAUGUCAUCCAACCAUCACCUGUUUGGUCUUGACCUGGGUUUCCUAUCUGCUGGCAAAUCUAUCUUGCUGUACUUUCCUUUUUAACUACACAUCCAUGUCUGCGCUGCUAUAUCUACUACAAUAUAAAAUAUAAUUAUUUACAAAAACCUCUAAAGACAAUUCUUUUUUAAACACCAGAUUUCAAAGUGCCUGCAGUACAAUUUUUUUUUUUUUUAAUUUCUUUUUCAAACACAAUUAUGAUUAAAGAAGUGUCAAUAAAGAAAUAUAAUAGAUGUUUAUAAAAUUCACAAUUACUUGAAAAAUUAAAUUUUAAAUAAAGUUAAAUCAACAAAAAUA